GGGAGGCUGCCCAGCUGGCCGGCCGGCUCCGCUCCGGGCUCCUGCGGCGGCGAUGCUGCCUGCUCCGGCGGACAGGAAAGACUGGACUGACAUGUUGGACUAAAAGGCCCUCCUUCCUUCCCUCCCUCCCUGGCACCAUCCUUCCCUGUUUCUUCUCUACCUCACCUCCGAAGAAGUUGAAAAUGCGUGCCUGGAAAGCAGUGGCCGGCACGCUGGCUUUCAUCGGCGUGGACGUGACGGUGACCACGUUGCUGUAUGACCACAGCCGCAACGCCGGCAGCAUCCUCCAGGACCUGAAGCACUUUAACAUCUUUGACUCCAUGCUGGACAUCUGGGGGGCCUGCCUGUACCGGAGCUGCCUGCUCUUGGGCGCUGCCAUCGGCGUGGCCAGAAACACCAACUACGGUCCCAAGCGACUGAAGGUGUCCCGGACUUUUAUCACCCUGGUCUGCCUUGCGGUGGGGAUCUAUGCUCUGGCCAAGCUGCUGCUCUACUCGGAGGUGAGGAAGACCAUCAAGAACCCAUGGUUCUGGGGUUUGUUCGCUUGGACGUACCUGUCUCUCGUAGCCACGUUCUUCCUUUGGAAGCUGCUCUCUUCCGUGAAACCUUCCCGGGAGACCUUGGGAGUAAAUUCAGAGUCUCGGACCGAAGCCGAGGAAGUGGGGGAACCCACGUCUCUCGGUGCGCAGCCGAAGAAAGAGGAGGCCUCGGCAGCCACGAUUUGUAAACUUUUAUCGUAUACCAAGCCCGACGUUCACUUACUUGUGGUAGCCUUCUUUUUCCUGCUGGUUGCUGCUUUAGGAGAAACAUUCCUUCCGUAUUACACGGGCCGAGCCAUUGAUGGAAUCGUCAUCCAGAAAAGCAUGGACAAGUUUACCACCGCGGUGGUAAUCAUGGCUGUUCUAGCCAUAGGAAGUUCAUUUGCCGCAGGUAUCCGAGGUGGCGUCUUUACGCUCAUCUUCGCUAGGCUGAACAUCCGGUUGCGCAACAGCCUCUUCCGCUCGCUGGUCUCGCAGGAAAUGAGUUUCUUCGAUGAGAACCUCACAGGUGACAUUAUUUCCCGGCUCACCUCGGACACCACCAUUGUGAGCGACCUGGUCUCGCAGAACAUCAACAUCUUCCUGCGAAACAUGGUCAAAGCCACUGGGGUCAUCGUCUUCAUGUUCAGCCUGUCCUGGCAGCUCUCCCUGGUCACCUUCAUGGGGUUCCCUAUCAUCAUGCUCAUAUCUGAUCUUUAUGGGAAAUACUACGAGAAACUUUCCAAGGAGGUUCAGAACGCUCUGGCAAAAGCCAACAACACUGCUGAAGAGACCAUUUCUGCCAUGAAGACCGUCCGCAGCUUUUCCAACGAGGAGGUGGAGGCCAAUGUCUAUCAGGACAAGCUGCAGCAAGUCUACAAACUCAACAAAAAAGAGGCCUUGGCGUACACCUACUACGUCUGGUCCAACGGGCUGACGCUCCUCGUCGUCCAAGUCAGCAUCCUCUACUACGGCGGCCACCUGGUGAUCUCUGACCGGAUGACCAGCGGGAAUCUGAUAUCCUUCAUUAUUUAUGAAUUCGUCUUGGGAGACUGCAUGGAGUCCAUCGGCUCUGUCUACAGCGGGCUGAUGCAGGGAGUCGGCGCUGCAGAGAAAGUGUUCGAAUUCAUCGACCGUGAGCCAACCAUGCUCAGUGAUGGGACCUUAGCUCCCAGCCAGCUGGAAGGCAGAGUGGAGUUCAAGAACGUCACCUUCGCUUACCGUACCCGACCGUCAACCCAGGUCCUGCAGAAUGUCUCUUUCACUCUCUACCCCGGGAAAGUGACUGCGCUGGUGGGCCCGUCUGGCAGCGGGAAGAGUUCGUGCGUCAACAUCCUCGAGAACUUCUACCCACUUCAAGACGGACAGGUUCUGCUGGACGGGCAGCCCAUUCACAUGUACGAGCACAAGUACCUGCACUCCGCGAUCUCCUUGGUGAGCCAAGAGCCAGUGCUGUUUGCCCGCUCCAUUGCAGAAAACAUCUCCUACGGCUUGGUGUCUGUCCCUUAUGAGUCGGUUGUUCAGGCCGCCCAGAAGGCCAAUGCCCACGUAUUUAUCACGGAACUUCAAGAUGGCUACCAAACAGAAGCCGGUGAAAAAGGAGCCCAGCUUUCCGGUGGCCAGAAACAGAGAGUGGCUAUUGCAAGAGCAUUGAUCCGAAACCCACCGAUCCUUAUCCUGGACGAAGCCACAAGUGCCCUGGAUGCAGAGAGCGAGCACGCGAUUCAGCAGGCUAUUUAUGGAGAUGUCCAAAACCACACGGUGCUGGUCAUAGCCCACAGACUGAGCACUGUGGAGAAGGCACACUGCAUCAUUGUCCUCGACAAGGGCCGUGUGGUACAGCAAGGGACGCACAAGCAGCUCAUGGAAGAAGGGGGCCUUUAUCACAAGCUGGUGCAGAGGCAGAUCCUGGGCCACGAAACCGGCGUGGAGGACAGCUCUCAGCUGGACGGCGGCUUGGUAGACAUCCGGAGGCAUUCUCCGGCAGACAUCCAGAGGCAUUCUCCGGUAGACAUCCGGAGGCAUUCUCCGGCAGACAUCCGGAGGCAUUCUCCGGCAGACAUCCGGAGAGAUUCUCCAAAGAUCGGACGGGUGGAGGAGUUACGGAUUUAAUGUCCCAACUCUGUCACGCUGUUAAUAGAAUAUAGAGGUUAAAAACACUCAGGAGUUUGGUUAGAAUCCCACUGGAAGCGGAAUCCUCUUUAACCACAGGGUCUCCGGAGAUUCUCUGUGCGACAAGUUCUGUUUACAAGUCUUAAACUCUCAGUUUCCUUGGGCCCAUGGCUCCAGGCAGGCGUAGCCCCGCUGACCAGAAAGAGGACCAGCGGGUCAGCCAUUCCCAGAGCAAUCCAUGAGUUCUCUUCUCUUACUAACACGCAUGCAAAACUUGCUGUUAUUUAUAAACAGGUGUGUUAUUUUAGGCACACGCAUCACACGGAAAGGGUGAUAAACCUUUUUGACAGAUCGCGCGGGCUCUUAAGAAAGUACCAGUGCUGAUCCAGGGCCUAAGCUGGUAGUUGCUAGGUGAGAUCACGCUAGCGCCUGUAGACACCCUUUCUACUUCUGUUGAAUGUUCAGUGGCACCUCAAGUACUUUCGAAAUAUACUUUUUGCCUGGCUCUUGACACGUCCAAAACGUUGACAGCCCAAGACCCAGAUUUCCCUUCCCCGCCCCCAAACUGGUGGGUACAUCUAGCUUAGAGUACACAACUUUGUGUGGUGCGGUACUCCCAGAGAGGAUACAUGUUCCUUGCAGAACAAAAUAGAAGCCUUGAAGGAGUUUUUGGACUGCGCAUCCAGAGCCACUACGCCUUUCUGAAAAAAACUUAUGCUCUGUCACCCAAUAGAUGCAGAACCGCCAUUAUUAAAAUGGGGCUUGAAGGGGGCGGGGCAAAGGCCUGAUAGAUUUCCUCCCUGGCUUGCAGCAGUUACUUUGACAGUAAGAAACCCUGAGGCAGAUAUCUGCAAAGCAUCUUUUUUUGGGGGGGGGGGUGGUGGAUUUUAGCACUCUCUUAAAAAGAGAAGCAGCUUUUAAUUGCGACUUGAACACUUAAAAGCAGGUCUGUAACAUUUAAUUGCUUCUCAUUGGUGGGUGAAUAGGGCACCUUCACAGCCAGUGAGGAAAUCCUAGUUUCAAAAUUUUGUUUCCAGAGGUGGUACGGGAUUCUCUUCUCGAAUGCCUAAAAUCCAGAUGUCAGCUGUUAGCAAUUGAGGUAGGAACAUCUCGUACACAAACUCUGCUUAAAUAAGUUAGCAUAAAAGCAUUUUUUUACCCCCAACUCCCUUUUUCUUUCAGUGAGGUUUGCUUGACCAUCUGUCACGGUAUAGACUAGCUACUAAUUCCAGAUCACUUGCUUUUAUGUGACAAUCAGGCCUCCGUUGCCAGAAUUUGCUCUCUUUGGUUGGUUCGUUGUUCGUCGUGUUGUAGCAAAAGCGGUGAGAGAAUGGACCCAGAAUCAGAUUCAGGUUCGAUUUUGUGCCACCUAAUGGGAACCAGUCGUCUUCUCGUCUCAGAAAUGAGUGGGGGAAGCCAUAAAUAUGCUUUAAAAACAAGCAAACACAUAAAUAUAGCCAUAAAUAUGCUUUAAAAACAAGAGACACUGGACUCUAGACUAUGGAUUGAAAACUGAGCUGCUUUUUUUUUUUUUUUUAAAUAACUGGUGUUUGUUCUCAUCUUUCAAGUUGCACUUGGUUUUAAAAUGACCUCAAGCACUUUAGCACCUAAUUACUUUCUUGGUAUUUUUGACGCUGCUGUGUUUUUGGGCAGCUUUGGUUGUUUGCAAUCUUUAAAAGAAACGCGCACACACACACACUAUAUAUAUAUAUGUAUGUAUGUAUAUAUAAAAUUUGGUUUAGUGAUAUUUUAUGAACUCUUUACGGAAUAAAAAACUACCUCUGCCACUCA